AUGCGUGGUCCCCUCGGACAACUCCGCCGCCGACGCCCGCCACCAGCUCCCACAGCGCAACGCCAGCUACCCCCUUUUACUUAUGAACCAUUGCCAGACCCGCAAAACAACAUCCGGCUGAUCGAGAUCCACCCAGGUGCUGACGACGGGAUCGUGUCAUGCACCCUCACCUCGUGGUCUAUCCCGGAGGCGGGCAAUAGCGGCGGCUGGCCCCCAGGUUCCGAGACUGAUAGCACUUCGCCCACCCCCAUCCAAGCGACCGAUCAACCCCCUAGUGGUGAGAACCGCGGCGGCAAUGCCAGCCCGCCGACUUCCAAUGGCUCUGCCGCGCAGAAGAAACGUCGCGGCACUGAUGCAAGCCGCAAGGAAAGCAGUCUGCCCCCUGCGCCUCCUUACUAUGCCGUAUCCUAUACCUGGGGAAGAAGCCCCAAGGACACGACUCUGAUUCACAUCAAUGGCCAGGAGAUGAAAGUCCGCAAGAACUGCGAUUAUGUCUUGCGCCAAGCCCGCUGGUGCGGAGGAAGUCGCUUCUUCUGGGUUGAUGCCAUUUGCAUCAACCAAGCAGACAUGGACGAGAAGAGCCACCAGGUGGCCAUGAUGGGAAGCAUCUUCACCAAGGCUCAAUCUGUCAUGGCCUGCGUGGGCCCCCACCAUGAUGACAGCGAGAUGGUCUUACAGAUCCUCGCCAAACACCAGUCGUUGUUCUACAUGGCGAGCCUCAACGAGUUUCCACCCGAACUCUACUCACUAUUGCGGAGAUGGAGGCUCACGACCAGUGGCACAACAAUCGUCAGACUCUUCCGGGCUGUGCUCAGCCUAUUGCGUCGACAAUACUUCACACGCCUCUGGAUUUUCCAAGAGCUUUAUCUAGCUCGUUCUGGGCUCAUUCUCUGCUGCGGAGAGGCACACCAGCCCUUCGCACUCGCGUUUGGACUCCGCAGGAUCCUGGACCGAGAGCUCUGCGUUCAGGCCAAUGAUGACUGGAAGGGCUGGGCGGAUAAUUCCUAUCCCAUAUCUGGCUUGACAUUCCAACACUGGGCGAUGUGUCUCUACCAAGAAAUCAGGAAGAAAGACACAACACAUAUGUAUGCAUCGUCCAGGAAAUGGGAUACCCCGAGGCUAUUGUCCUCCUAUAAGCGGGUAUUGGGAAGAGAACCGCACAGAACCUUGCAAGCGUGCUUGAAAGCAUAUUCGACCGAGCCGGUCUUCAAAAUGCUGCAAGAGCUAGCGCUUGAGGACAAGAUGAUGAAAGCAGACUCACUUGGCGACCUAUUGAGACUGACGAGCCACCUGAACUGUGAGGAUCGCAGAGACAAGGUGUAUGGUCUCCUCUCUGUGGUGGACUGGCAAGGACCGUCUCUGAUAUCACCGGACUACAAAAUCACCCCAUUCCAGCUGGCCUUGCGCAUCCUGGGUUCUGGCAACCUGGAUCGACUUUUCGGCUUAACGAGACAUGCUGGACUUUCACUCAUCAACCAAUCAAUGGCUACGCUCUUGGUAGGCUCCUUGGGAUUGUGCUCAGAAGACUGCCGAGAGAUGAAGACUGCUCUAGGCCGCCGGAGAUACGAUCAAAUACGAGAACCAGAGCAAGGAGAGCAGGGAGAUUCACAUCACCCCCUCAACCCGAUAGAGGGCAACAUGGCAGGGUUGCAAAUCCCAUCUACUCUGCCAAUCGACCCAUCUUCAGCAACCAUUGGGGCAUUCACCGAUGAAGCGGGUUCGACUAUUGCCCUGACCUAUAUCCCCAACAAGCCCGAAGACGUCCGCAUCGACUGGGCUAUAAGAGUGUGCCUCCCUGCUGGAGCACAAGCAGGAGAUUGGAUCCUCGUAUACGGUGAGGAGAGUGUCGCUUGGGCGCAUCAUCUACGACCUGGCCUUCUAGUGAGAAAGCAGCAGGGCAGCGAAUGCUAUUCAAUAAUUGGGCACGCGCUUUUAAAAACCUCGGCUGGCAUGCCCUGGUUCACCGCUUCGUUUCAUGUAGAGUUCAGCCCAGAAGACUAUCUUGUAUAUGGCGCCCAGACGUACCUCAUCGAUACAGACGACGCACUGCCCGAGAAUCUGGCCCGGGUCAAUUGGACCAGGUUCGGCGACCUUUUGAACAGUUCCUUUUGCGGGGCUGCACAAUCUUCCACUGCUAGAUUUGAUGGAAUGCUUCAUAAUAGAUAG